AUGGAAGCACCAAGGCAUUGGAGACUUUUAUCCAGAGGAUACAAGAAACUCAAAUCAACCAACUUGGCUUCAUCUCAACAUCAGAGAAACAUAUUCAGAAGAGUUUUGAGAGUAGCACAAUUGAAGGUCAUAGCAACUAAAACCAUCAGAAACUUGAAAACCAAGUUAAUUAGAAAGAAAGAAAAUUCAAGAAAAGUCAAAGAAUCCCAUUUGGAAGAAGAUGAUGAUGAUGAUUUUGGUUAUGAACAGAUAACAACAGUUGAUGACAAGAUUCAAAACCAACACAAUAAGGACAACAAGAAUCAUCAGAUAAGUUCAACUUGGAUGAAAUUAUAUGUCAAAAUAGCAGCAGUCUCAAACAAGAAGAAAACUAUUGUUGUUGAAGCAAGAGGUUAUCAUAUUGUUCAUGAAAUCAAAUCCAAGAUUCUUGUUGCUGAAGGAAUCAAACAAGAUGAGUAUUCUUUAUUCCAUGGUGGGAUAAGCCUUGAAGAUUACAGGACAUUGGAAUCACUUGGAAUAAAAACCGAAUCCACCCUUCAUUUGAUCUUCCAUCCCACAACUUCAUUGCCAAUCAUUGUUCGAACCCCGAAUGGGAAACUUCUUAGUUUCCAAGUACAAGUCUUGUACACUGUUUGCAACCUCAAAACAAUCGUUGAGAGCUUCAUAGGUUGUCCCGUGGACGAAUGCAAGAUGGUUUACGCAGGGAAGGAGCUCGAGGACUGCAAGAGCUUGGCCUUUUAUGAGAUCGAAGAGAAUUCGAAUUUGGAGCUGCAGCCUUGUUGGAUUCAAAUUCUUGUUAAGACUUGGAGCUCAAAGACCAUAACACUCCAUGUUAUGAGAUCGAAUACAAUCGAAGAGGUUAAAGAAAAGCUUUUUUGUAAGGUGGGAAUGCCAAUUUGUAGGCAGAAGAUUGUGUUUUGUGGAAGAAUACUCAAUGAUCAAAAUCGAAAUCUGUCUAGUUACAAUGUUCAAAAGGAUUCCACUCUUCAUAUGUUAUUGAAACAUUAA